UUUUAUAAUUUAAAUUUGAUAAUACGAAAAUGAAGUUGAAGAGAUUUUUGCUCAGAUAUUACCCACCUGGAAUUAUUCUGGAAUACCUGAAAUCGAACGGAGAGAUCGAGACCAAGUCUAUUGACCUUCUCAAUCUGACUCCAGAGACAGAUGUAGAUGUCCUUGUCAACCAAAUCUUAUUUGAAGAACCUACAAUUUCAGAGGCAAGGAAGCCUCAGCUGAAAAAGCUUAUUUUCAAGUUGAUCGAGAAGCUAGAGAGUAAUCAGGAGCAAGAGUUUGAUGAAUUCAAAGUGCUAAAAGCUCACAUUCUUCCUCUUACCAACUGCGCUUUUAAUAAGAAUGGAGAUAAGUUUAUUACAGGCAGCUACGAUAGAACCUGUAAAGUUUGGGACACCAUUACUGGUAGAGAACUCCUCAGUCUUGAAGGCCACAAGAAUGUAGUCUAUACCAUGGCCUUUAAUGUACCCUUUGGUGAUAAGAUCGUCACAGGGUCUUUUGACAGAACAGCCAAACUUUGGGAUUCAAAUACUGGAGAUUGACUUCACACAUUGACAGGACAUACCAUGGAAAUAGUCUGACUUGCAUUCGAUCCUAAUGGAUAUUUAUUAGCCACUGGCUCAAUGGAUGGGACUGCUAAAAUUUGGGAUGUAGAAUCUGGUCAAGAAAUUUAUACGCUCAAAGGACAUACAGCUGAGAUUGUCAGUUUGCAAUUCAAUUCUGAUGGAGAUCUUGUUUUGACCGGAUCCUUUGAUAAUACAGCAAUAAUUUGGGAUGUGAAUACUGGAGAAGCAAUCCAUACACUUUCAGGCCACACAGCAGAGCUUUCAUGCACCCAGUUUGAUUUCACAGGAGAGUACUGAGUUACAGGAUCUAUCGAUCAAACAUGCAAGCUAUGGGAUGUUGGAACUGGUAAUUGUAUUGAGACUUUCAGAGGCCAUGAGGAUGAAGUAUUAGAUGCUUGCUUCAACUCUACUGGUAAUAAGCUUGCUACUGCUUCUGGAGACGGAACUGCUAGAAUUUAUAAUGUCUUCACAGGAUCUUGUACUCAGAUCCUUCAUGGCCAUACCCAAGAAAUCUCUAAGAUUUGCUUCAAUCCGCAGGGAACCAAGGUAUUGACAGCAAGUGGUGAUCAAACAUGUAAAUUAUGGUCUGCAGAGUCUGGUGAAGAACUCCAAACACUGGAAGGCCAUGAGGAUGAAAUCUUCUCUUGAGCCUUUAAUUAUGAAGGCGACACCAUCAUCACAGGAUCGAAAGAUAACACUUGCAGAAUUUGGAAGGAUGAACCAAGCAUGAUGAAGGCAAGAGCUGCUGUAGAAGAAGGGAGUUAGUUAU